AUGCUCAGACUCGCCUAUCGCUGGAAUUUGCAAAUAUCGACACUUAUCAUGGGAUACCGAGAUUGGACUCGGAGACCCGAACUCCCCCCUACCAUGAAAUGGGAACAGUUGAGUCGGGAAGGGCUCAUAGCAGCACACUAUUCAUUCCAGACAAUGUUCGGCGAUCAUCCCCGGAAAUUCACCUGGAAGCGGACCUCCGGACUCGGCCAAAGGCAUAGGGACUAUAAGCUGGUGGACGAAGAUACACAAGUGAUUGCGCUCUUUUCCUCUGAUGGGCCGUUUACAUUGACCAAGACUGGCCAGCUUGACAUCUAUGUCGAGUGCGGAUCGCAAUUUGCCCUUCUCGUGCUGAUUACGGCUCUUGGUCUACAUGAGAAAAUUUGGCGCACAAAUUGGGUCCGGUCUGGAGGAGCGAGAAGCGGUAUCUUGAUCGGUGUGAUUGGGAAUGGAGUCAUAUGA